CAACGUCAACCUAACCUCAAUCAUCAAAUAUUCCUUGUUUGUUUACUUUUUAAAUAAUUUUUGAUUUAAAAUUCAAAUAAUGUCCUCGAUUAAUUUGUACGACUUUAAUAAAAUAUGCAGGAUGUGCCUAAAGGCAGAUAAUACUUUAAUUAAUAUAUUUUUCUCUGAUGCUGCCGAUGUCAUUAGGGCAAUUACAUCUAUUGAGCUCAGUGAAGGAGAUCCCCUUCCAGAAAACAUAUGCGUAUCAUGCAUGGACAAAGCAUCAGAGUUCUACAAAUUCAAAAAGCUCUGCGAAGACAACAACCUCGCUCUUCAAUCAAUUUUGUUGGGCAUCAACGAAAAACCCAAUGAAGAAACAAAAUUUUCAAUAACAAAGAAUGAAUUAGUAGAACCACACACUGAAAACGAAGAAGACUACAUUUUAGAAGAAAUAGUUUCCAGCGAUCCUUUAGCUGACAAAUUCUGGUGCACAAUCUGCCAAAAAGAAUUUCCAGAAACCCAUUUGCAAGCCCACCACACCGACAACCAUUUUUGCUACAUGUGCAGCAAACAAUUUAAAACCGUGCAAAAACUUCAAGCCCACUUAAAAUACCACAAUCUCUUAUUCCAGUGCGAUCACUGUGACAAAACCUUCAAAACCAAUCGCCAAAAAGUAAUGCACACUAGAUCACACACUGGCGAAUUUCCAGCAAAGUGCGACCAAUGUGAAAAGUCUUUCACGGAUCCGCGUUAUUUGAUUGUCCAUUUGAAAUCACACACUGGAGAAAAACCAUUUCAGUGUGACAUUUGCAAUAAAAGUUUUUCUCACAAGUACACCUUAAAUACACAUUUGAAAAUGCAUAAUAAUUCCCAAAGGGAACAUUUGUGUACAACUUGUGGCAAAGCUUUUCGAUAUGGGCACAAUUUGAAAAUACAUUUAAGAGAACACACUGGAGAAAAGCCUUACAGUUGCAACAUUUGUUUGACUAAGUUUGCUUCAAGGUCGAUUCUGAACGCUCACAUGCUCAUUCAUUCUGAGCAGAAAAAGUUUGAGUGCGCAAUUUGUGGGAAACAGUGCAAACGCUCUGGGGAUUUGAACGUGCACAUGCGGAGUCACACUGGGGAAAAACCUUAUGGUUGCACUUUGUGCGAUAAUAGGUACAAGAUGGCUUCGCAUUUGAGAGAACAUAUGAAAACACAUACUGGUGAUGAUUGGUUUUAG